AAGAGUCCGAAGAGUCCAGUAAAUUGUGAAAGAUGUCAAGAAAUUUAUUUUCAAAAGAUUUUAUACAAGGAUUUUAUUUACAUUGCCAACAUUGUCGUAGAGCCUUAGGAUGCAGCAGCCAGUUACAAAUAUUUAUCACUCGAGUGAAAAGUCAAGUAAAAAUUCCAAGAAGACAGAUGGCAGCUCAGUCUGGAACACCUGCAAGGAAGCCAACACCAAUUAAAUUUAAAACAAUUCCCAAACCAGAGGCUAAAACUGAUGAACUGGGUACAAUUUCCAAAAUUAUUCUUGCAAUGUUUCCCAUAACAGCUUAUGGACUGGCCUACUGGCAGUAUGAGAGAAAAAAAUGGAAACAAAAUCUUCUGGAUCUCAUUGAUGAAAGAGCAGGUGCUAAGCCAGUGCCUCUUACAGAUCUAAUGACCAGAGGAAAUCUUAGUGACUUGGAAUAUACCCCAGUAUGGCUAGAAGGAGAAUUUGAUCACAGUCGUGAAGCGAUGAUUGGGUUCCGCCCAAAUUUUCAGCCAGAUAGGACUCCAAAAGGAUUCAAAGCUAAUGGUGGUCUUUGGAUUGUCACUCCAUUUAAAUUAAAAGACACUGGCCGAGAAGUUUUAGUAAAUCGUGGUUGGGUCCCAAGGGCCUGGAUGGAUCCAGAAACAAGACCAGAAGGGCAGAUAACUGGGAAUGUAAAACUAUCUGGAAUGAUUAGAGCCCCAGAAAAGAAAAAUCCUCUAGAUAUAAAUCCCAUACAGGACCCUAAGAACCCCCGACUGUUCAGCUACCGUGACAUUCCCAGGAUGGCCAGUUAUCUAGGAACUGAUCCUGUGUUUAUAGACUGUGAUUUUGAAAGUAGUGUAAAAGGAGGGCCUAUAGGAGGACAAACAAACCUUAAAUUUAAUAACAGACACAUGGAAUACAUACUUACUUGGCUGUCACUGGCGAUAGGUAUGUCUGUACUAUGGUACAACAGGGCUUUCCCCAGAACAGUGGCAACAAGAUACACCAGAAAACGCACUGGAUGAUACGUUUUAUUUGAUAUCAUUAAACUUUCUUCUCUAAA